ACGCCGAACAGCGCCGAGGACUACACGCGGUCACGCGCUGCAAUCUGACAACAAGAUGAUUGUGACAGUUAUCGCUCUGUUUGUCUUGACAGUAAUCGGAUACUUGAUCAACUUUGUCACUAAGCCAAGAUAUUUUCCACCAGGUCCACCGUGGCUUCCAUUCGUUGGUUCCAGUACUAUCAUUCAAAAGUUGACAUCACAACACGGAUCACAAUGGAAGGCAUAUUCACAGUUAGCUAAAGAGUAUUCUACAAAUGUUCUUGGCUUGAAACUGGGUUCAGAAUUAGUUGUCGUUGUUUUCGGGGAGAAAAAUGUGCGACAUGUUUUCACGGAGCGGGAGUUUGAAGGACGGCCGAAUAGUUUCUUUCUACGUUUAAGAUGUUUUGGCAAAAGAAUGGGAAUUACCUCCGUCGAUGGUCCUUUAUGGCAAGAGCAUAGACAAUUUACUGUGAAACACUUGAAAAAUGUUGGCUUCGGUAAAACUGCAAUGGAAAUGGAAAUUCAAAAGGAGUUAUUAAAUAUUUAUGAUUACCUUGAUCGUCACAGGAGUGAAACUAUUAAUCCUAAAGAUAUAUUGGCAAAAUCGGUCAUGAAUAUUCUGUGGAAGUAUACUGCUGGUGAAAGAAUAAAAGAAGAACGAUUGAAUUGUCUGUUGGAUUUAUUGAAUGAGAGGUCGAAGGCAUUUUCCAUGGCAGGGGGUUGGUUGAACCAAUGGCCUUGGAUACGGUUCAUAUUACCCGACUUAAGUGGCUAUACGCUUAUUAAAAAGAUGAAUCAGCAAAUAUCCGACAUUAUUGAGGAAACUAUUGUGAAACAUAAGAAUAAGGAAAUUGAAGGAAGUGAUUUUAUUUAUUCAUUUAUGGAAGAAAUGAAUAAAAAUAAUGAAACCUUUACUGAGGAACAAUUAAAGAUCGUUUGUCUAGAUAUCUUGAUCGCCGGCUCACAAACUACAAGCAACGUCGUAGAAUUUGCUUUAUUGUUGUUGUUACGAUAUAAAGAUGUUCAGCAAAAACUAUAUGAUGAGAUUGAAAAGACGAUUGGAUCCAACGUUCCAUCAUGGACCGAUACCAAUAGGUUGAUCUACACUAUGGCUUUCAUCUUUGAAGUACAAAGAUACUACACCAUUGUUCCUUUAGUAGGUCCCAGGAGAGUAUUGCAAGAGACAAUCAUUGAGGAUUACACCAUUCCUAAAAACAGUACGGUAUUGCCUUGUGUUGGCGACGUACACUUUGAUCCACUUCUUUGGGAUGAACCGGAACUAUUCAAACCCGAAAGAUUUAUAGAUACAGAUGGAAAAUUGAAAAAUCCAGAGCAUUUUUACCCGUUUGGCAUGGGUAGGAGACGAUGUCCUGGUGAUGCUCUAGCGAAGUCCUUCAUCUUCAUAGUUGUUGUGGGUCUCGUCCAAAAGUAUAGGCUUGAAAUCGGAAAUGGAGUCCUCCCGUCUAUGGAGCCUGUAAUUGGUUUAAUUUCCGCCGCACGACCGUUUACUGCCAGUUUUAUUCCACGCGCCUGAUGUAAUACUAAUGUGGAUAUUAUAAUAUUGAUUAUGUACUUGGAUACUACCUGUAAAGUUAUGAAAUAAAUAUUUAUUAGAGA